GGUAUAUACCCUCAAAUACUGAGCAAGUAGAGAGGAGUGCGCAUAGCAGGAGAGGGAAGUUGAAGUUGCUACGUGCGAGUCACGGUAUGCAUGCCAUGUAGGGUCAGACCAGGCACGUAAACUUCAGCCGGAUGUGUCGGCAGACUAAUGUUGCACGUCCAUUGUAGACCGUCUGCACAUGUUCAGCAUGUUCUUUCAUCUGCAACAUCAACUCGCGGGCACCGUCAGACAUCACCCUGGACCCUGUGUCGCGGAUAUACUUCCUGGAGGAAUUGGAGUGUUCAAUGCCAACAUGCCGAGGGAGCAACAUACCACGCUCCAUUGUCCUCCACGCGAACUUGCUGAGGAAAGUUUGCAAAUCACAAACUUAACUCAACACAACGCCUGCUGCUGCUGUUGUUGUCCGAUCUCGAAUUUAACGAGGCUUCACUUCAUCUUGUAUAGCUAACUG